AUGGAACCAUUUUCUUCUGCUAAGGUUUUCUUUGUUUUAGUGUUUUGGUUUCAGUUUUCAUCAUCUUCAUCAUCUUCAUCUUCAUCUUUAUCUGCAUCUUCAUGUCAUCCUUUGAUCAAAGACUCCAUUUCCAAACAUUGGAAUCACACUGCAAUAUCGGAUUUUCGGAUCGUGAACAGAAGAAUAUUAUCUGCGUGUCUAAACUCUAACCCUAAUAUCCAGAUCAUAAUCGACUCGAACAAAAAGCUCUCUGAUGAUGGAUUUGUCAAAGUAAGAGUUAGCGGUAUUGCCAAUCCUUCAGAGAACGAAUGGAUCGCCUUGAUGUCACCUUCAACUAGGAAUGACGGAUUUUGCCCUCUAAAGAGGCUGCUUUAUGCACAAACUGGUGAUCUUGCCAGCCUCCCUCUGCUAUGUGAUUAUCCUGUUAAGGCACAAUGGUUGAAGAGUGAUCCAGACUACCUAAGUUGCACCAACUCAGGAUGCAAUAGAUAUGAGAAUGGGAAGUGUUUGGAGGUGACUUGCAAUGCUACCUUGACAUUUCAUGUUAUCAACUUCAGAACAGACAUUUCAUUCGUUUUGUUAGCCGGUGGGUUCGGUGCAACUUGCACUUGGGCUCGGACUGAUCCUCUCGGUUUUGCUAAUCCAAACAAGCCCUUAUAUGGACAUCUCUCUAGUGUCGAUUCCACCGGAACAUCGAUGAAAUUAACAUGGGUUAGCGGGGAUCGGAACCCACAACAUGUGGAGUACGAUAAUGGAAAAAUACUGAUUUCGGAAGUUACUACGUUCUCCCAAAAGGAUAUGUGCGGUGGCGAUGGAACAAGUCCUGCCAAAGACUUUGGAUGGCAUGAUCCAGGGUUUAUUCAUUAUGCUACAAUGACAGGGCUUAAGCCCUCAGCCACCUUCUCCUACAGAUAUGGAAGCGAAUCAGUAGGUUGGAGUGAGACAAUCCAAUUUAAGACACCACCUGCAGCAGGAUCAGAUGAAGUUAAUUUUAUUAUUUUUGGUGAUAUGGGAAAAGCACCUCUUGAUAAUGCUUCUAUUGAACACUACAUUCAGCCGGGAUCGGUGUCGGUGGUUAAGGCCAUGAUUGAUGAAGUAAAUACUGGUAAAUUUGAUUCAAUCUUCCACAUUGGAGACAUAAGCUAUGCUACUGGAUUUUUGGUUGAAUGGGAUUAUUUUCUUCACUUGAUUACUCCAUUAGCAUCCAGAUUAUCUUACAUGACCGCGAUCGGAAACCAUGAGAGGGAUUAUGGAAGUUCAGGUUCAUAUUAUGGAACUCCAGAUUCAGGUGGAGAGUGUGGAGUUCCUUAUGAAACCUAUUUUCGGAUGCCAAUUGUAGAGAAGGAUAAGCCAUGGUAUUCUAUUGAACAAGGUGGGGUUCACUUCAUUGUAAUUUCUACCGAACACGAUUUCAGAGAAAAUACUGAACAGUAUCAAUGGAUAAAAAGGGACCUGGCUUUAGUUGAUCGAUCAAGAACAACAUGGAUAAUAUUUACUGGGCACAGACACAUGUAUAGUUCAUUUGUUGGAUUUAGUAAUGGAGACAAUACUUUUGUAGUUGCUAUGGAGCCACUGCUGGUCCAAUACAAGGUUGAUCUGGUGCUAUUAGGGCAUGUGCAUAACUACGAAAGGACCUGUGCAGUUUAUGGUGGUAAAUGUCUUGACAUGCCGAAAAAAGAUGAAAAUGGAAUUGAUGUAUAUGAUCUCAGCGACUACAAAGCUCCUCCACAGGUUGUUAUUGGAAUGGCUGGCUUCACUUUGGACAAGUUUGAUGAAGAAAAGAAAAGUUGGAGCUUGGUGAGGAUUGCUGAGUAUGGAUACACAAGAGUUCAUGCAACAAAAGAUGAGCUUAAUUUAGAGUAUGUAAAUGCUGAAACAAGAUUGGAGCGAGAUAGAUUCCGUAUUAUUAAGAAAAAACAAUAG